AUGAUUGAAAACGUUCUCCAAUUUUCUGACAACCGUCAACUACCGGGAUUUUUUCUUUACGCUUGUUCAAGUACGGAAAACAAACACCAGGCUGGGUUUUCAGCUCCUGUUAUCUCUUCAAAUGGACAAAGAAACGCGACCGAAGCGGAGAACCACCAAACUACUCGCUUUAGCGUAUUAUCUGCUCUACCAGGAACCGGAAAUGCUACACAAAACCCAAAGCGCAUGCAUGAAAAAGGUCAGACGCUAGGAAAUAAAAUGACUCUGGAAAGAACGCAUGAGAACACUGCCUUGCCAUAUAGUACUUCUUACUUCAUGUCUUUUAGACACAAGACUCUCGAGGAAUAUACAAUGACAUGCAAUACAGAUAUAAACCAAGAAUGUUCGGAAUCUGAUAGUUCUACAAGUGACAUGUCUAUAUCAACAGAGCGAUCAGUCUCUCCAUAUACAUCAAGCAGCGACACCCCUUCACCGCCAAGUGUAGAAUAUUCACCGGUAAUCAGAUCACCUCCAAAUGCCGACGUUGCAGCAGAAACUGCACCCUCUAGCGGUGAUUCUUUACGUAGCCGAGUGACGGAUUCAACCAAAAUAGAGCUACUAGAUUCAUCUAAUGUAGCAUGUACUGAUGAAGCUGACGAAAAUGAGAAGACAAACAAACUACCAAAGAAAAAUGCUAGAACUAACUUUACAAACGAGCAAGUAAAGGCAUUGCUGAAAAUAUUCUACGAAACACCAUACCCUGACUCAGAAAUGAUGGAAAACAUCGGGAAAGAUUUAAAUAUUACCGAAAAACAGGUUAAGAUCUGGUUCCAGAACAAAAGAGCAAGAUGGCGUAGGCGUGUGAGUGACAACAAGAACAAUAAUGUCAAGUCUUUCCUUCCUACAACGGCGAUGUUACCAGCGACGACAUAUGGAUACAUGCCAACAGGACAUGUGAUGACAUCAUAUCCAUUUCAGAAUAUUCCUGGCUACAUGAGUUAUCCUUGGAUUCAGGGGUAUUCUGGUCAUAGCUAUAUGAGUCAGCCUUUAACGGGACAAAAUUUAGCCAAUCAAAUUCCUUAUCAGACUUCAAACCAGAGCACGACAUUAACGAAUUAUGGUUCUACCGGUUUAAGCGCGAAUUCACAUGUUCCUACCAUGUCGUCCUCCCAAUACAGAAACUCACCAAUCCAACACAGACAAUCGUUCCAAUAUCCGGGUUAUAUGUAUGCAUGAACAUACUUUGUGUCAUAUGUCAUAUAUAUGAUUUAUUGUUUAUGUAUUGUUAUUGAUUUUUGUUAUUUUAUGGUGCUUUCCUUAUCAACUAUA